GAAAAAACUCCUUGUAUGAAAAAUGCUUUGACAUAGAUUACGAAUUCAUGAUCUUGUGAAAGUGUGUUAACAGUGGUAACCUUUUAACAACGAUGAUUCAUGAGCCUAAGGACUUCGCUUGUUAAAAGAGGAUACAGUGGUCGUGGCUUAAACUACGGCCGUUUAUAUGGAUAUAUGUCAGGUCAAGGAUGAUUUUUGAGAGACGUCGAUAUUAAGAGACCAUAAGGACUGUCGCCAAAAUGAAGCUAAGGGAAUUCUCCACGUUUGUAUUUAUACUGAUUGCCCAAAUGGGCUACGCAACUUGCUUCCUUCAGGGGAUAUUUGGUAACCUUCUAUCCAGCAAGGAAGAGUUACCGAUCUGUGAGGAAAAUGCAAAGAUAUUAGGAGGGCAGGGAAUGGCAGGUGGUUUUAAGCUGUGCCGUGACCCAGAGCCCGUGAACAAUGACGAAGUUCCGAAUGGCAAGCCUAGUAAAAUCUGCUUAGACCUUGUCAUUGCAUUGGAUGUAUCAUGCUCUGUUCCCGAUGAAACUAAAGAAAAGGCGCUUAACUUGAUAAAAGAAAUCGUAGCUAGAAUCGUGUCUGGCGCCGCGAAGGUCCACCUUGUGACGUAUGCAAAUAUCAUCCAAUAUUCAUAUCCGGAUACUUCCCCGCCUUCGUUCUAUAGUGGCGACACCCCGGAUGAUUUCCUCGCUGAAAUAGAACGGUCUGAUUUCUUAAAAGCUGGGAAAUGCAAGACUAAAAUUGCGAACGGAUUUUCGCGGGCUAAGCAACUUUUUGAUGACGUCACUCAAGAUAGAAACGAUUCUGAUUACCCGGAUGUACUGCUGAUGAUAGGGGAUGGUCGAGGUUCCGAGAAGGAUAGGAGAAAGGGAGCAAACAUCGCGGGAGAUCUAGCCUCCAUGGGCUGUGAGAUAGUAUGGGUCGUGACGCCUCUCGAGGCGCGAAGAGACCCCAAUAAAUCAGAUGAAGUGGAAGAAACGGCCGCAAACACUGAUGUGAUUUUCAGAAUGAAUGAUUACAACGAUACAUACAUCAUUGCACAGAAAUUGUUCACUCACUUUGAACAGAAAUAUAUUUGUGAAUGAUUGAACGAAAGUAAAUGUAACAAUGAUCAAGUAUGCAGCCUUGAUCCGAACAAAACAUGAGAGGCAAAUUUGAAUAUAAGCGAGGCAAAAUAUAAGGCCGAUCCAGAAGUCCUGAUAAAAAUGCUCUAACUUAAAAGUUUAUCAUUUGUUU